GUGUUGUAAUGUGUGUCCUUCCGCAGAGCCGGUGAGCCUCCGCCGCAGCACGCGCGUCUGACGGCCCGCUCAAACCCGCGAUUUGUUACCUUUUGUGUAAUAAAUCUGUUUAUUUGUAAUCGGAAUACUUUUAUUUGUCGUUUCUGGUGUGUUUUGAGUGGUGGCGUUUGUGUUUCAUUCGGCUAGUCAUGGCUGACAUCGACAAACUCAACAUAGACAGCAUCAUUCAGCGCCUUCUCGAGGUGAGAGGAUCGAAGCCUGGCAAAAACGUCCAGCUUCAGGAGAACGAGAUUCGUGGGUUGUGCCUGAAAUCCCGUGAGAUCUUCCUCAGCCAGCCGAUCCUCCUGGAGUUGGAAGCGCCACUGAAGGUCUGCGGUGAUAUCCACGGGCAGUACUACGACCUGCUCAGGCUGUUUGAGUACGGAGGAUACCCACCGGAGAGCAACUACCUGUUCCUGGGAGACUACGUGGACCGAGGGAAGCAAUCUCUGGAGACCAUCUGCCUCCUGCUGGCCUACAAGAUCAAGUACCCGGAGAACUUCUUUCUGUUGAGGGGGAACCACGAGUGCGCCUCCAUCAACCGCAUCUACGGCUUCUACGACGAGUGCAGGAGACGCUACAACAUCAAGCUCUGGAAGACGUUCACGGACUGCUUCAACUGCCUGCCGAUCGCCGCCAUCGUCGACGAGAAGAUCUUCUGCUGUCACGGAGGUUUGUCUCCAGAUCUGCAGUCCAUGGAGCAGAUCAGGAGGAUCAUGAGACCCACAGAUGUGCCGGAUCAGGGUCUUCUGUGUGAUCUCCUGUGGUCCGACCCGGAUAAGGACGUGUUGGGAUGGGGCGAGAACGACCGAGGCGUGUCCUUCACAUUCGGAGCUGAAGUGGUGGCCAAGUUCCUGCACAAACACGACCUGGAUCUGAUCUGCAGGGCCCACCAGGUGGUGGAGGACGGCUACGAGUUCUUCGCCAAGCGUCAGCUGGUCACUCUGUUCUCUGCGCCCAACUACUGUGGAGAGUUCGACAACGCCGGAGCCAUGAUGAGCGUAGACGAGACACUCAUGUGUUCCUUUCAGAUUCUGAAGCCAGCAGAGAAGAAGAAGCCAAACUCCAGCCGCCCCGUGACUCCACCCAGGAACAUGGUCGCCAAACAACCCAAGAAAUGAGGGUCAUGUGACCCGUUUGGACUCUCAGUCUUCUCGUGUCACGGAUCCGAAGGCUGAACUUCACUUUAAUUCUUUUCCUUGUGUUUUUCUCCGUCCUGAGCGGCUUCUCUGACACCAGAAAGCAGCGUUUAGUUUGAUUUGACUGUUUUUUUUUUAGUUGUUCUUGGAGGCUUUUAUAUGGUAUAUCUCAGUUUGACACAAGCUCCACCCAUUGUGUGUGUGUGUGUGUGUAAAGGAGCUGAU